AUAUUAAAAUAAAAAUCUUUAUUUUAGGGCUACACACUUAUACUCCCUAUUCUUCCCUUAUUCAACACCCCUUUUCUUUUAUUUGGAGUCCCUUUUUAUCUUUUUAAUUUUGCUUUUUUGCAUUUGCAAUUUUGUACCCGAUCGAAUUUUUUUUUGGUAAUUUAUCUUUUUUUUAUUUGCGGGUCUAUAUCUAUUUUUCUAAAAAGUGGGAUUUAGCCCAGUUUUAUUCAUGUUUUUUCCUCAAGAAAAUUGGUGAAAUUGGUGGAUUUUUAUCUAUCUUUAAGCCCUUUUUUGUGUUGUGAGUGUGUUGGUCUCGUUUUCUUGGGUUCUUGAGCUGACAAGUUGAAAAAGAUUGGAUUUUUGGACAUGGGCUGCAUUUGAUUACUAAGUGUUUGAUCAUCUGUGAAUUUAGUGAUGCACGAUUGGGGAUCUGGGUUGCAUUGUGAUUGCCUGAUUAUUGACAUUUGUGGUGGCUUUACUCAACAAAUCUAAUACAGAGUACUGGUUUUCGAGACUUUUCUUGAGGGUUUUUUAUGUUCCCUUCUGGAAUGGAUUUUGCCCGUGAAACUGGCGUUGCUGCUAGUGGGACUGUUCUUAUCCCAACGAGAUUUGUGUGGCCUUAUGGGGGAAGAAGUGUUUAUCUCAGCGGUUCAUUUACGGGGUGGACUGAGCAUUUUCAGAUGUCUCCUGUUGAGGGUUGCCCUACUGUAUUUCAAACAAUCUGCAGUUUACCUCCCGGUUUCCACCAGUAUAAAUUCAUUGUUGAUGGCGAAUGGCGACAUGAUGAGCGUCAACCAUGUGUAAGUGGUAACUAUGGAACGGUGAAUACUCUGAUGUUAUCAAGGGAUUCUGGUACUGUCAUGCUGACAAGAGAUUCUGGUUAUAGUCCUACGAUCUUGACUCCACAAAUACCUUCUGGUUCUAGCAUGGAUGUUGAUAAUGCUGCAUUUCAGCGUGUGGUAAGAGUCUCUAAUGAUACAAUGAAUGAGGCACUGCCUAGGAUAUCAGAAGCUGAUUUAGAGGUCUCCCGUCAUCGUAUUUCUGCAUUCUUGUCUACACACACAGCUUAUGAGUUGCUUCCAGACUCCGGCAAGGUUAUUGCACUAGAUGUUGAUCUACCUGUAAAACAAGCCUUUCAUAUUUUGCAUGAACAGGGUAUUACUAUUGCUCCUCUUUGGGACUUUUGCAAGGGGCAGUUCAUUGGACUUUUAAGUGCUAUGGAUUUUAUCUUGAUUAUGAGAGAGCUUGGUGAUCGUGGGUCGAAUCUAACAGAGGAAGAACUUGAAACUCAUACCAUAUCUGCUUGGAAACAGGCAAAGUUGUUUUUGAACAGACAAUCUAAUGAGCGUCGCAGUGUGUUUACAAGCCAACUUGUCCAGGCAGGGCCAGAUGAGAAUUUGAAGGAUGUUUCUAUAAAGAUUUUGCAAAAUGGUGUUGCUACAGUGCCCAUUAUUCACUCGUCAUCAGAGGAAGGCUUAUAUCCACAGUUGUUAUAUCUUGCUUCACUAUCUGAAAUACUAAAAUGUAUAUGCAGGUAUUUUAGGAAUUCGUCUGGAUUGUUGCCUAUUCUCCAGCUACCAAUAUGUGCAAUUCCAUUGGGGACUUGGGUCCCGAGAAUUGGAGAGCCAACUCGACGACCAUUAGCGAUGUUGAGACCAAGUGCCUCUCUGAAUGCCGCAUUAAAUUUGUUAAUCCAAGCUCAAGUAAGUUCGAUCCCAAUAGUGGAUGAUAAUGACUCUCUAUUGGAUGUUUACUCUCGAAGUGAUAUUACCUCUUUGGCGAAGGACAAAGUUUAUACACACAUUAAUUUGCAAGAAAUGACCAUACAUCAGGCAUUGCAGCUAGGACAAGAACCAUACUCUCCUUAUGGAAGUAGCAGCCAAAGAUGCCACAUGUGUUUGCGUUCUGAUUCGCUUCAUAAAGUGAUGGAACGCUUGGCAACACCAGGUGUGAGACGGCUUAUCAUUGUGGAGGCUGGGAGCAAACGGGUAGAAGGUAUAAUUUCAUUGAGCGAUGUUGUUAGGUUCCUUGUUGGGUAGGAAGCUGCAGUUGCACUAAAUCGUGGUGUUUCUGCCGCAAUUCUUUUUAAAUUGUACAAUUGGGUAAUCUGGUCCGCUCCAUAUUCCGUGAUCUGAUUUUUAGGAUAUUAGGCCUAGGAAAGAGGCUUGUAUAUUAAGAAUCUGAGGUUGUGAAUGUAUUGGUUUUUCUUCGCCUUUCCAACACAUUAACUUGUGCUGGAAUUGGAGCACUACCUUUUUUAUGAAUGACAACGUGUUCGACAUUUCAAGCA